AUGGCCUCCAGUCUUGACACGCUUGUCAAAAACCUUGUCAAAAAGGGCAAGUCUUUCUUUCGAAAUACAGGAAAAUAUUAUUCUGGAGAGAAGCUUAAACUGUCGAUGAGAAAGGGUGUUUAUCCUUAUGAAUGGAUGGACUCUAUACACAAGCUUGAUGAGCCACAACUUCCACCGAAAGAAGCUUUCUUCUCCAAGUUAAGUGGUGGAGGUAUCUCAAAGAAAGACUAUAUCCAUGCUCAGAAGGUGUGGAGCGUCUUUCGAUGUAAGACAUUCAGAGAUUAUCACAAUCUCUACAAUCGUAGCGACGUUCUUUUACUAGCCGAUGUGUUUGAAAACUUUCGAGAGCUUUGCAAAAAAAACUAUGAUCUCGACCCUUGUUGGUACUUCACCGCACCGGGUUUGGCUUGGGAUGCUUGUCUCAAGUUGACUAAGGUAAAACUUGAGUUGUUGAGCGAUAUAAAUAUGUUGCACAUGUUUGAGGCUGGUAUUCGCGGUGGGAUUUCAAUGAUUUCGACAAGGCAUGCAAAAGCCAAUAACAAAUACAUGGAAAAAACCUUUGACCCUACCCAACCUUCAAAGUUCAUCACGUAUCUCGAUGCAAACGCCCUCUACGCUUGGGCGAUGAGUAAGAGUCUGCCGACAGGAGGUUUUAAAUGGGUAGAUGAAAAAGACUUUGAAAAAUGGAGAGAUUUCCCCUGCAUUCUCGAAGUUGACUUGAAAGGUGUCAAAGAAGAGCUUCACGAUCACUUCAACGACUAUCCACCCGCCCCUGAGAAUCUGUUGAUUGGGAAAGUCCAUAAGCUGGUCUGUACGUUAAACGAAAAGAAAAAGUACAUCGUUCAUCACGAGAUAUUAAAACAAUACAUGAGUCUUGGAAUUGAGAUUGGAAAGAUUCACCGCGUCAUUAGGUUCAAUGAGAGUCCUUGGAUGAAGAAGUACAUCGAUUUGAACACAGAGUUAAGAACCAAGGCUGACAACGACUUUGAAAAAGACUUCUUCAAGCUCAUGAGCAACGCUGUUUUUGGCAAAACGAUGGAAAACAUUCGAAAACGUGUUGACGUGAGACUUGUUACCAGAGAAGAGAAGGCAAAAAAGUUGGCAAAUAAGGUCAACUUCAAACAUUGCACCAUCUUCUCCGAAGAUCUGUGCGCAAUGCACAUGAGAAAGACGCAAAUUCUCUUCAAUAAACCUCUCUAUCUCGGGAUGAGCAUCCUUGAUAUUAGUAAGACAUUGAUGUAUGACUUUCACUACAACUACAUCAAACCUAAGUACCCAGAGG